GUUCCGGCUGCGCGCGCAGCGGUGGUGGCGGCGGCGCUAUCGGCCGGGCUGUAACCGUCGUCCGUCCGGUAGCGGCUGGAGCGGCAGCGGCGGCCGGGCACGGCGCGAGGCGACGCCACAGGGCAGCGGCGGCAGCGGGGGCAGCGGCGGCAGCAGGAGACGCAGCGGCGGCCGCAGCAGUUGCAGCAAGACGGACUCGUGGACACGCGCCGCCGUCGCCGCCGCCGGGCCGGGCCGGGUGUCGCGCGCCGAGGCUGGGGGGGAGUCGUCGCCGCCGCCGCCACCGCUACCGCCGCCGCCGCCGCCGCCGAGGUGACUGAGGAGAGAGGCGCCUCCUCGCUCCCGCCGCCGCCGGACUUCAAUGCCCAGUCCCCAGCUCGCCAGCGUAGUAACAACAACUGUGAGUUGUGAGAAAAAGGACAUAAUUUUUUGAAAGUACUUUAAGGAUGAAUAUUAUAAUUGGGGGCCAAUGCAUAUACUUUGCAUAGAGAGAAUUAAAUCCUCAAAGUGGAAUUUUGGUUUUUCGUUGGAAUAUACGUUGCACAUUUAUGGCGAUUCUGAGCGUGAGGGCAGACUUCUGCCAGGCUCAGCACAGCGUUUUCGCUGACAAGUGAGCUUGGGGGUUCUAUGUGCCAUAAUUAAAAUUGCCUUGAAGAUUCUGGACACCGAGACUGGCCUCAGAAAUAGUUGGCUUUUUUUUUAUUGCAAGCAUAUUUCUUUUAAUGACUCCAGUAAAAUUAAGCAUCAAGUAAACAAAAGUGGAAGCUACCUACACUUUUAACUUGUCUCACUAGUGCCUAAAUGUAGUAAAGGCUGCUUCAGUUUUGUAUGUAGUUGGAUUUUUUUGGAGUCCGAAGGUAUCCAUCUGCACACAUUGAGGCCCAAGUUAAAUUUGGAUUCAAGUGGAUUCUAAUACGUCUGCUUAUCUGGAAGAGAGAAGCUUCUUAAAGAAUACACAAGUUGAAAAUACAAAACACGGAUCGAUAAUAGGCAUUUAAGUGGUCUUUUUAAUGUUUUCUGCUGUGAAACAUUUCAAGAUUUAUUGAUUUUUGUUUUCAUUUUCCCCAUCACACUCACACACGCACGCUCACACUUUUUAUUUGCCAUAAUGAACCGUCCAGCCCCUGUGGAGAUCUCCUAUGAGAACAUGCGUUUUCUGAUAACUCACAACCCUACCAAUGCUACCCUCAACAAGUUCACAGAGGAACUUAAGAAGUAUGGAGUGACAACUUUGGUUCGAGUUUGUGACGCUACAUAUGAUAAAGCUCCAGUUGAAAAAGAAGGAAUCCAUGUUCUAGAUUGGCCAUUUGAUGAUGGAGCACCACCCCCUAAUCAGAUAGUAGAUGAUUGGCUAAACCUACUAAAAACCAAAUUUCGUGAAGAGCCAGGUUGCUGUGUUGCAGUGCAUUGUGUUGCAGGAUUGGGAAGGGCACCUGUGCUGGUUGCACUUGCUUUGAUUGAAUGUGGAAUGAAGUACGAAGAUGCAGUUCAGUUUAUAAGACAAAAAAGAAGGGGAGCAUUCAAUUCCAAACAGCUGCUUUACCUGGAGAAAUACCGACCUAAGAUGCGAUUGCGCUUCAGAGAUACCAAUGGGCAUUGCUGUGUUCAGUAGAAAGAAGUGUAAACGAAGGCUGAUUUGUUGUGGCAUUUAGAGGGAACUCUUGGUACCUGGAAAUGUGAAUCUGGAAUCUUAACUGUGUCAUCAAAGUAGUGAUGGAUUCAGUACUCCUCAACCAUUCUCCUAAUGAUUGAAAAAAACAAACAAAAAAGAAAUCCCUCUAUAACGUGAAUAAAAUGUUUAAGAAAAGAAAAAGAGAAAGAGAAAAGGGAUUAAUUCAGUGAAGGAUGAUUUUCCUCCUAGUAUUGGAGUUUGAAUUUCUGCCAGGAUUGAAUUAUUUCAAAAUCUCCUGUCUUUUUUAACUUUUUCAAAAUAGGUCUCUAAGGAAAACCAGCAGAACAUUAGCCUGUGCAGAGCCAUCGUUUGGGGAGCACACUCUUCCGUUACGCUUGGCACGCAGAUCUCCCUGUGGUGGGAUUUCUUUCUUUUUUUUUGUUUUUCCUUUUUGUUUCGGGGGGGUAUUUCCCCCCUAUUUUCUCUUUUCCCUUGAUACAAGUUGUAGAUGAAAUAGGAGAAAGCCCUUGUUGCUAUAGAUGUGUGUGCAGUCUGGCAGCCUUAAGCCCACCUGGGCACUUUUAGAAAAAAAACAAAAAACACCAAAAAAAACAGUGUCAUAUGUAUUAAUGAUCCAGGUGGUUUUUAGUCUUUCCUGAUGAUGGGGUGUUCAUGUUAGUUUCUUUUCUUGAAAACCCUAUUCAACAUUAGGCAAAGUAGCUAAGAGCCUUUUGUUUUGGUAAAUUAGUGGGGAAAUGGCAUUUUAAGAGGACUCUCUUCUCAAAGAACUUAGCUGAGAGUCGAAUUCUUCUCUUUUCCAGCUGAUGAAGCUAAGUGGGUAUCCCAGAAAUGUUUGUUUUCUGAAGGGGAGUACUCCAGGCCAUCACUGAAGCUGUGUCCAGGCAGAGAGUUAGCACACUUUCUACACCUUGUAGAAUUCUGGGCUGUAGCAUUACUCUGAUUUUCUGUCUAAUGAAGGCAGAGAGUACUGGUAGUUUAAAAUUUUUAUUUUAGGACUUAUCUGUACUCUGAAUUUUCAGGAAUGGUCAAAGGAGUAGCAGCAAAGAUACAAUAUUUUGGACUUGAGAAAUGCCUGUGAUGAGUAUUUUCCAAACUUCCCCCUAUUACAAUUCAGUUUAACCACUGAUUGCCUUGUUAUUUUCUUACUAGGUUCUUUAUGAGAUUAAAAAAAAAAAAAAUCACUGGUUCAAAACCAACAAUGCCUAGUGAGUAUGUGUCCACAGGCCAUAACAGGGUAGAAGAGAGACGUAGAGCAACCCAACGAGUAGCAAAGGGACUGUGUUGCUAGUGAAAUGAUGUAGUAUCAUUUUUGCAGAUUAUUUGCUGGGUUCAAUGUGCUGAUCUAGAAAAGCUGUUUUUUCGCUCCUUUGCAGAAAGUAGUUGUGACUGGGCUGCAUUGACAAAGCAAGUUGAAGGACACCAUCAAAGGCUCUUGCACUCUUCAUCUAAAUAUUACAUCCUUAAUAGUGUUCUGCUUCUGAGGAUUUGAAUAAAGGCUUAGGGUCAUCUUGUCCUGCUGGAGUUUGCUGUGCAGAGCCAUAAACUUCCCAUUUUGUUAGGAUCAGCUAGGCCAGUAGGAAUGGACUGGGACCUUGUCUCACACUGAUGAUACCUCAGAUGUUGGCUGGCUAUGUGAACUGCCUAUUUCCUCUGCCGGAGUUGUUUUGAUUUUUAACUAAAUGAAAAUCUGUAGAUUCUCUCCUCCCCUAAUCCCAGAAAACAAAACAAAACAAUGUUUUUUGAAAUUGUUUCUAGGAUUUCAAAGUGAAAAAUGAUGGUACUAUCCAAAAUUCUUUAUUUCAGAACAUGACAAUAGAUUCCUUUAAUGUAGGCUCAAGAUCAAAACAGCAUGUCCUGUAAGCUCAGAUAGACUCUGUUGACUCCAAGGGUUUUGAUCAAUAUCAUAACAAACUUUUCCCUUUGACAUGCUCUGAUUUUUGUUGUUUGGGGGGAGGGCGUGUGUGUGUGUGCGUGUGUGUGUGUGUGUGCGCGCGCGCGUGUGUGUGCGGUGUCCACCAGUAUCAGUGCCUGCCUGCGUUAGGAGAAUUACAUUCCUGGUUCUGUAUGAGGAGAAGGGUGUAUAAAGCAACAUGAAACAUUACCCCUCAUUUUGUUUUAAAGGACAAACUAAUGUUAAUUGUUCUCAGAACUGGAUUUUCUUCCUCAAAAUUAAACGUUUUCUUUUCUUUUGGAUUUAAUGAAGUAUUGCUAGCUGAAGCCAGUUUGACGUGGUGAGAGAGAUGUCAGACUGAUGAAAGGUGUGCAGCCUGAUUUAAAACCAAACCCCAAACCCUUUUAAAGAACAAUAAAACAUAUUUUACAUGC